AUGACUACAGAUCCUCAUCCCUCACGCACGCAUGGUCCUGCUGGGGGGAGGAAAAGGGGGAGUCCUGCGGGGGGGAGGAGGAGAAGGGGGAGAGAGCGGGACUGGCGGCUUCCCAGGCCCGACGUGGUCACAGCUGCCCCGGCCCCGGCCUCACUGUCACGGACGAUCCGAGAGUCUCCCUGGAUGCGGCUCACGCGCGGCUCCAAGCGCAUCCUUCCCCUGGACCGGUCCUGCCUCCGAGAGAAGAUGGCACCGGGCAGGGAGGCGGGAGGAGCAGGACCAGGAGAACCAAGACGAGGAGGAGGAGGAGGUGAUACACUGAAGAUGCCUCGCUCUGGUCCCGCAGCGUCUUAUGCAACCGCCGCCGCUCCCGCUCGCUCCAGCGUCAUGCUCCUCUUCUUCGUCUCUUCGUCUCCUUCCGUCUCAGAAGGUUCGGGAGAGAAACAUCCCUCUCCGUCCCGCGUCCCCAUCCUGCCCGCGUGCGUGCUCCCGCGGACACACAGAGGCACAUCCACUCAUGGUUCUGGUCCGGUCCGGUCACUGAUGGUCUCGUUGCUGGUGUCGCUGAUGGUUGUAUAG